UCGGGGGCUAGACGGACGUACUAAGACACUACAACAACAGCAUUUUUUAUUUAUUUUUUACUUUUAUUUUACUAGAUAACAAAAGAAAGAUUAUAGCUUAUCUUUUCUCGGCAUACGACUCAGAAUAAAGUGAUUAAUCAAGCAAAAAUAUCACGAAACUUACUAUUGCAUUUAUAAAAACUUGUUGGUGUCUGUUCAGAAGAAAUAUUUCUACCAUUUCAAGGUCUUGGCAUCAUCACUGAUCACCUAAUCUAGAAGAAGUUAAGAGUUGUUCUAAACGUAUCGACAUAUAAGGAAGGAUGUUACCAAGCUUUUCAGGAUCAAUUUUUCCAUUUCUCCCAACAUAUGACCCUCGGGAUCGUUCUCCACCUGGAAACUCUGCUGGUAUCCCUAACUUUACGGAAAUGAGUGACGGCAACAAUAUUCUUACGGGAGAUUCUGUGAGUGUUGGAGAGUGGGCGGUUCGGAUACUAGGGGCAUGUGUGUGUAUAAUGUUGAUUACCAUGACGCUCGUGGGUAACGUGCUCGUCAUCGUCGUUGUGGCUCGUUUCCAACGGUUAAGGUCAGUGACAAACUUACUUCUUGCUAGCUUGGCCUCUGCUGACAUCACAGUGGCACUUUUCGUCAUGCCUUUAUUGGUUUUAUAUGAUUUAGAGAGAAAAUGGCGUUUUGGGGCCAUUGCCUGCCAUUUGUGGAUCUCGUGUGACGUUAUGUGCUGCACAGCGUCUAUCCUACACCUAUGUAUGAUAGCUUUAGAUCGAUUCUGGGCGGUUACUAGACCGUUUCGGUACCAGAUGCUGGUUUCCAAAAAGAGGAUCCUUAUAGCUGUAUUGUGCAUUUGGAUUUGCAGUGGGGCUAUUUCCUUUAUUCCCAUCUUUCUUGGCUGGUAUGACGAUAGUGAUGGUACAUCAUCUAUCUUUCAGGAGAGUAACGAGUGUUCCCUGGAAGUUAACCGAGUGUACGCAAUCAUUUCUUCCAUGACAUCUUUCUAUCUUCCACUUCCAGUAAUGUUCUACGUCUAUUUCCGGAUCCUAUUAAUAGCGGAGCGCCAGGCUAGAGAGAUCAAACAUCUGGAAGUGUCACUCCAGACAGAGGAUCAACACGUCAAGCGGAGCCUCAGACGCCGUUCCAGACAGCUAAUAACUGAUACAAAAGCAAUUCGAACACUAGGAAUAAUCAUGGGCGUUUUCUGUGUCUGCUGGCUGCCUUUUUUUCUCAUGUAUGUCAUCCUUGCUUACUGUAAACAAUGCGACUUGAGCUACGAGUGGCGUAGCGCACUCACAUGGCUGGGCUACCUCAACUCCUCCUUCAACCCGUGUAUCUAUGUGUUCCUGAACAAAGAGUUCAAGGAGGCAUUUAUUCGAGUUCUGGGAUGUAGAUAUCAUUCUGAUUCCUCUGAAUAUACCGUACCUGAUGACAUCAGCUCUGUCAAUCGUCAUCCUCAAAGGAUGGAGAGGGUUCACAUUACACAUGCACCAGAUGAAGAGAAUGGUAGGGUUUCCAGUAGUCGACAUAGACAUCUGGAUAAAGGAAGCCCUUCCAGUUCACGAAAAACUAGUAUUUCAACCUUUGCCACAGACAAGUCGCCCUCUGUUGGUAGAGAACGUACAGAUACCAAUAGCGUACGCAGGACCAGCAACAUAAUCACGGAACACGAGACACAUAACACUUUAACAACAGCCAAGAAACCAGGAGAAUACAACGAAAACAUAAUAAAUACAAAAGAACAUGAUUUUAGCUCAAAUAAGCCAUUAUCAGAAUUACAUAACGCUAUUAUUACCUUAACAGAUGUGCCCGGUUGUAAUACCACAAAAACAAUCGCGCAACCUUCUGCUUAUAAAGAACUUAUAUUCGUCACAGAGUUACAAGAUCAUAAUUUCAUACCCAAACUUAAAGAGCGCAAAACACUCACGAUAUAACUUACAUUCCGCAGUGUAGUACUUAGAUAAUAUGUAAAAAUCUACAAGAUGACCACAAAACCAUCAUAAUCACAUAACCACAGACUUAGCUCUAUCAUAACUUUCGAUUCAGCAUAGCAAAUAAACCAAACAAUACAAUAGAACCAAACAAAUUUAUUUUAAAAAGAGUUCGAUUGUGUCUAUUAUCUGAAGAUAAACGAAACAGAACAAGUGUAGCCAAACUUUACAUGACGUAUUUAGAUAAAUCAGUAUGCUUCGAUAUAAAACUGGCUAGUUCCAAAUCUAUAAAUGAUUUAUUAUAUCAACAUUUCGGCUUCGUAUGUGUGAUCUACAUACAAGUUCAAACAACCAACUAUUAAUAAUGGCUGGAGACGGCUUAAAUGGGUAAUGAAGAAAAACUUUAAUAUAAGUUUAACAUGACAGCAAAUGUACAACGUUUCGACAAGGUUUUGUCAUCAUCAGGUACUAUUAAGUUGCAACACGACUUUUAUUACAUCAAAUAUCAAUUUUUUUCCAACUAUAACGUUUUUGUGUUUCCAAUGUUAAAUAUAGAUUUUAACACGUGUGACACAUACUAGGUAAUGUUCUUUAUAUAGUCAGAUACACAACGUUUCACGGUUUCAUUAUAAUCUGCCGUUUCAUUUAGAGGUACCAAGGUGAACACAAAAACGUGAUGUUUAUGCUUUGAAAAUUACUAUUUAUAGUGACUUACUUAUUCGUUGCCUCUUGUUUUACCUCAACAUUUUUCGAGAUAUGAGAAACACAGCAAUAAUCAGUGAAUGAUGUUAUAUUGUCACAAAAUAAAAUUAAUUUUGGAAAUGUGCACAACUAAGUUGUGUGAAUGACGAUAAGAGGCUCUCACAGUACAUCAUGACGUCACUGUAUCGUAUCGAGUAUUGGUCUAUUAAUGUCAAAAGUAGACAACCACCAUUGCGAAUGUAUUUCGAUUUAAGAAAACAUUGUAGCGGAUUUUGAACAAUUAAUCCGGACAGUGAACUUAUCAUUUGGCUAGUAUUUACAUGAAAAUAUCCGGUUAUGAUCAGUGUUCGACGAAUAUAUACUUCCCAGAAGACACAGUUCAAGAUAAAUAGCUGUUGUGUUUACCCUGAGAAGUGAAUUGACUGUUAAAAUAGCUGUCAUGAAAUUUAUUGUCUCUAGAUUCUUCUCUUAUAAAUAUGCGUAACAAAACUUUAAAACAAUAUAAGCAUUUGGUUUUAUGAAGACGUAUUUUAGGGUUUGGAAGCUAAAAGUUUUCAAUGACGUCAUAACAUCCAGGGUUUUCCCAAGCCACCAGCAUCUUGUGAGUCAAGUUCAAAGCGACAAGUAAAUAUAUGUUUGUUUAAAUAAGCGUUUAACAGUUUCAGUAUCUAAUUCUUUAUUUCUAAUUGUGGUUAGAUUAAUUUAACAUGCAUUAAUAUAUGCAAUUAUUUCCAGUGUGUUUUCUAGAUGUAAAUAUAUCUAAAUGAUAUGAUAUAUUUAAAAUAAUGAAGUACCGAUGUAAAUCAAUUGAUUGAGUGAUCCAAGUACAAUUGUAUUUUGUUCAUCUGUCUAAUUUGCAGAAUCAAAUUACUGAUUUGAUAACUAAUAAUUUGAUAUUUAGUAUAUAUUAUGAUUUAUGAAUAUAAACAUUUAUUAUGAGCAAUACAGUUCUAUCAAAAUUCAUGUAUAGAUCUUGUCAAUACAAUUGUAUACUUAAUAAGUAUAAAGAUUUGAUUUUAAAAUUUUAUCAUAAUUAAUGUAGCAGUUUUUAUAAUCAAGGUCUCCUAAUGAGGCCAACAAGACAACUGGUAAUUAAACCUUUCAUUCAUCUCAACAGGAGCUUUACAGUAUGACACCAUAUAAUAAGAUUACCAGAACAAUUGAACCACUGCUUACAUGUGUUGCUCACAAAACAACUUCUCAGUAUUAUCUAAUAAUUUACUCACCAACCUAAUUUUAAACUUUAAUCAUGAACAUUUCUCAUAUCACUUGUUAUAUUAAAUAAUGCUGGUACAUUUCAUUUUUUUAAUCUAAAUUUGAAUUUGCUGGCUAGAGUCUUCAUCGGGUUGGUUAUCUUUCAUAAACUAAUAAAGGCCUCAAUUACUUGAUGCUGGUUUUUCUUUGUUCGUCAGUCAUCAGCCCUCUGGUACUUGAAACAGUUCAAAUUAAUUAAAUCCACUUAGUUUAAAAUAAUAAAGUAUGAAAUUUACACAUCUCUCCAUAAACGAUGAAGUAUAUUAACUCAAAAAUGAUUCAUAAGACUUUCAUACAGAUACAUAUUAAUUAGAAAAGAGGCUUGGUGAUAGGUGGAAAUUUUGUUAACCAAGAUUAUUUGUUUGUUUGUUUGAAGUUAAGCACAAAGCUACACAAUGGGCUAUCUGUGCUUUGCCCACCACGGAUAUCGAAACCCAGAUUCUAGCGUUGUAAGUCCGCAGACAUACCGCUGUGCCACUGGAGGGCUAACCUAGAUCGUGCUCUUUCUGUAUUUGAUAAUGUCUCUUGUUAACCUAGAUUGUGUCCCUUUCUCAUUGUGUAACGUCUAUGUUAGUUUGUUAAUAUAAAUUGUAUUCUUUCCCCAUUGUGUAACGUCUCUGUUAGUUUGUUAAUAUAAAUUGUGUCCCUUUCUCAUUGGGUAACGUCUCUGUUAGUUUUUUAAUAUAAAUUGUGUCCUUUCCCCAUUGUGUAACGUCUCUGUUAGUUUGUUAACCUAGAUUGUGUCCCUUCCUCAUUGUGUAACGUCUCUGUUAGUUUGUUAACCUAGAUUGUGUCCUUUCCCAUUGUGUAACGUCUCUAUUAGUUUGUUAAUAUAAAUUGUGUCAUUUCCCCAUUGUGUAACGUCUCUGUUUGUUAAUAUAAAUUGUGUCAUUUCUCAAUUGGGUAACGUCUCUGUUAGUUUAUUAGUCUAGAUUGUGUCCUUUCUCCAUUGGGUAACGUCUCUGUUAGUUUGUUAACCUAGAUUGUGUCCUUUCUCCAUUAGGUAACAGCUCUGUUAGUUUGUUAACCUAGAUUGUGUCCUUUCCCCAUUGAGUAAUGUAUCUGUUAGUUUGUUAGCCUAGAUUGUGUCCUUUCCCCAUUGAGUAAUGUAGCUGUUAGUUUGUUAACCUAGAUUGUGUCCUUUCCCCAUUGGGUAAUGUAUCUGUUAGUUUGUUAACCUAGAUUGUGUCCUUUCUCAUUGUGUAACGUCUCUGUUAGUUUGUUAACCUAGAUUGUGUCCUUUCCCCAUUGGGUAAUGUAUCUGUUAGUUUAAGCGAAAGUACCCAGUCUGUGUCGAAUAAACUUACUGGCUUCCGUGAAAGUAAAAAAUAAAUAUUUGCAGCACUAACGACUAUUUUUCUACUCACAUAGGAAGUUACAAUGCUUAUAUUACCAUAACAAAAACUUGUAUUUAGUUCUUUAAUUAAUCAGCUCGUACUCAUACGCAACGUUUCAACUUUCAUGUCACCGUAAUUUUUCUAGAUACCCUGUUUAAUUACAAAUUUAUAUAUAUAUGAACAUGGAUUUUCAUUUGUUCCAAGAUUACUCCUGCAUACCUUACUAUACAUCUAAGGUUUUUUUAUGAAGAUAGUUUUAUCCAGGCCUCGCAUCGGCUGAGAUCCUUGGUUUGCUUUCCUACAUUUAACCUAAUAAUCGGAAUUGUAUUGUAUAAAAACCUCGCUUGAGGAUGUCAUCUGCUCUAUUAUGACAGCUAUAAACUACUCAAGUGUUAACCCUAUUUUUAUAUUAUCUAAGGUGAUUACUUUUGUGUUACUGAACACUUAUCAAAUAUGCUAGAAGAUUCAAUGAGAACUAAGGCUUGUUGUUUGACCCACAAGAUGGCGGAAAGGCACAAGGGCACAAAUUCGUGACGUCAUGUGAAAACAAGUGAUUAAUGGCAGUACGUUCACACUUUUGCAUUUGAUGUGCAUGGCCAUAUUUAUAUAUGUGUAAUCCUUUAUAGGUUACAAAAUAUAUCACAAGUGUGAAACAAUGAUGUGCGAUGUUUUUCAUAAUUACCAUAGCAUUCUGUCGUUAUUGUUACAUUCCUUUCACUCAACAAUACUUCAUGCAUACGAUAAAUUGACGGAAUCACCGCCAUUGUUAGCCGGUUUUUGAAAAUCGAAAAUACUUUUCAAUCUAUCAACAGUUGUCCUUAAUAUCCUUUUUUCUGUCUGAGUAGCCCUCCAGUGGCCAGCGAUAUGUCUAUGGAUUUCGAUACCCAUGGUUGGCAGAGCACAGAUAGCCCAUUGUGUAACUUUGUGCUUAACUUCAAACAAAAAUCUCUCUAAGUAACUAUAGAUUCAAUACACAAUAUUCCUGAUGUAGUGAUAUCAAAUUAGACAAAAUAAUAUUAAAUAACGUGUACAUUAAGUAUUUCCAAAUUGUAAUUGCACAGCUCUGGUUGGUUGAAACCUAAUGAGCUCUUCUAAUAUUCUCAUUGCUUUUCAUGUCUAAUUUUCUAUGUUUCCAUGUGCAACCAAUUGUAUCCUGCUUACCACGGCAGGCUUGUGCUGAUGUACAUACAUGAAAAGCGAAACCACAGCCAAGGGAACGGGCUUGGAAAAAUCAGCUUCAGUUGGAGUCGACUGAUGGUAGAAACAGAACAAGCAAACCAUGAUGAAGUCUUCUUUGUUAAGUGAUUGAUGAACUUCUAAUUUUUUCCUAUAUUAAAAAAGUAUCUUUUUUAACCUGAUUCUAAGAUCUUAAUGGUCUAAAUAAGUUACUUUAAUUGAUAUAAUCUUUAACUAUAACUUAAAGCACUGAGACUGUUUUUCAAACUUUAUUCUUAAGAAACUACAUUUUAUUAUUAUGAAUAACAUUGUUCAUCUUGCCAAAUUUAUUCUCAUGUCCUUGUAGGUUUGUAUGAAAGAUAUAAAACAUAUAUAAUUUUACUUAACUUACAUAACGCGAUUCGUAGGUGGCUUCUAUUGAGAGAAAAUAUUUGAAAGUUACCUUUUUUUCCCAGCUUUUUACGUAUUUAA